UAGUACACAAAAGGCCAUUUCUCGACUCGAGAGCAUCGAAAGAGGGUUGGUGGUCAGUCCGCUUGCAUAUAGCAUACAGUUUAAGACCAAGCACACACUUUUAAAACCAAGCUGUAUCUCAAUAUUUUAACUUGUGCAGUGUAACUUCAGCUAACGAAGUAAAGAAAACGAGGGAGGCACAACGCAGAAUAGAAGAGCCAUUGGACGGUUUUGAGAUACCCCAUUUUUGUUAGCCGCUGUCAUUGGGAAACCGGCUGUGUUGGUGUAGCUUUUAACGAAUUCCCGAUUUUUGACAUAGUUCUGUUUAAUUACUGUCAAAUACUUAUUUUCAGUGAUAGAAGUAUGAAUAUCUUCUUUUGGAGGAUCGAUUCUCUUGUUUUAGUGUUUCAACUGAUUCUGUUUCUACACGCUGACAUUAACAACGUGUUCGGUGAAAAUCAGACAUGCCCCAGCACACAAUUUCAGUGUACUAACGGGAAGUGUAUCAUUUUGGGAUGGAAAUGUGACGACGACGACGACUGUGGUGAUAGUUCGGACGAGAAAGAUUGUCCUGUGGUGACGUGUGCUGAAGAAGACUUCACAUGUGAGAAAGAUCAUAAAUGUAUUCCACUGCGCUGGCAUUGUGAUAAAGAGCCUGAUUGUCCAGAUGCAUCAGAUGAGAAACCUGAAGACUGUAGUAAAAAGGUUUGCCCACAUGGACAUUUUUCCUGCAAGAAUGGUGUUUGUCUGCCUCCUACGUGGGUGUGUGAUGGUAGUCCGGACUGUGCCGAUGGAGAUGAUGAGGAUAAAAACAAGUGCAGUGCUGUUCUAACCUGCAAGGAUACAGAAUUUACAUGCACUGAUGGCCGCUGCAUCUCGAGUCAGUUUCGUUGUGAUGGAGAUAAAGAAUGUAGUGAUGGUUCAGAUGAAGACGGUUGUGCACCGCGUGAAUGUGAGGCUGAUGAAUUCAAGUGUGAAAAGUCUUCCACUUGCAUCAAGUUGGACUGGAAAUGUGAUGGGGAUUUUGACUGCGUUGAAGAUGACCAUUCAGAUGAACAGAACUGCACUGUCUUAGAAAGCAACCACUGUUCAAGUUCACAGUUUGCCUGUAAAAGCAACAAUGAGUGCAUACAUGUCUCGUGGAAGUGUGAUACAGAUUAUGACUGCCAAGAUUUGUCUGAUGAAGAAGGCUGUGAGGAGACCACAUGUCGAGAAGAUCAGUUCAAGUGUGUAACAGAAGGCUACUGCAUUAACAGCAGACUGAAGUGUAAUGGAGACAAAGACUGUCUGGAUGGAUCCGAUGAAUUAAAUUGCCCAUCAAAAGCUUCUCAGUGUAGUGAGGAUAAGUUUGAUUGUAACAAUGAUGGCUCCGAAUGCAUUCCUCAUGAACAAGUUUGCAAUGGCAUCAAAAACUGUGCCAACUUCAUGGAUGAACUGGAUACCAUGUGUCCUGCUUCUCCAGAUAUAAAUGAAACCAACCCAUGUAAGUUAAAUAAUGGAGGCUGCAAUCAAAAGUGUGUUAACAAGUUCCGUGAACACACGCAUGUGUGUGAGUGUUAUAAGGGUUACAAGCUGAUGAAUGGUUCGACUACUGGUUGCAAAGAUAUUGAUGAGUGCCAAAUAUUUGGAUCUUGCUCUCAGCACUGUGACAACACCAAGGGUGGUUACAAGUGUUCAUGCAUGCAUGGAUACACACUCAAGGCUCAUCGCUACUGCAAAGCUGACGGGCCCAGAGAUGCUGAACUACUACUGGCUGAUCGCAAGGAUUUGAGGAAGAUUCAUUUGGAAACCUAUCACUACACACUUUUGGUCAGCGAAGAAAAAGUGUUUGGUGCAAUUGCCAUGGACUUUGACUAUGAUGAUAAUAUGCUGUUCUGGACAGAUGUUGCUGUUGAACAAGUACUUAAGGCCAAUUUUGACAAUAUAUCGGAUGUAAAAGUUGUAGCUGAUAAUAAGACUGUUCAGACUCCCGAUGGCCUGGCUGUAGAUUGGAUUUACAAACACAUCUACUGGACGGAUACCGGCCUAGAUCGCAUCCAGGUAUCUACGAUGGAUGGCUCAAUGAGAAAGACUCUCGUGGACACAGAUCUUGAUGAACCUCGUGCCAUUGUUGUUGAUCCACAAAAUGGUUACAUGUACUGGACCGACUGGGGAAACAAAGCCAAAAUUGAAAGGUGUGGAAUGAAUGGUCAAGGACGUGUUUCAAUUAUUGAGGCUGAUGAUAAUACACAUGAUAUCGUUUGGCCGAAUGGUCUUACAAUUGAUUACGUUGAUCAGCGAUUAUACUGGAUAGAUGCCAAGCUGCACAAAAUCUCAAGUAUCAACUUGAAUGGUGGAGAUAUGAAGGUCAUUUUGCGCAACCAUGUACACCUGAAUCAUCCGUUCGCCAUCACAGUCUUUGAGGACUAUUUGUAUUGGACAGAUUGGCCUUCCGAGUCUGUCCGUAAAUUCACCAAAUUUGGUAGCGACACAGACAGUGUGCAAACUAUUGCCUUGGAUUUGCAUUCUCCUAUGGAUGUCCAAGUCUUUCACAAGUACAGGCAGCCAACCAGUGCAAAUGUUUGUGGAUCUAACAAUGGUGGAUGUUCUCACUUCUGUUUGCCUGCCCCUAACAAUGCUACAGGCUUGUUGAACUUCACGUGUGAAUGCCCAGAUGGCUUUGUUCAUCUACCAUAUGACUUGACAAAAUGUAUUCUUGCUGAAAAUGCCACAGAAGGCAAUCCUACUGGCCCAAGAAAUAAUACGAAUGGAAAGACCAAAUCUCCGAAUAACAGUCAUCAGUUACAAAGUACUACUCAGGGAUCUGUGGAAUUGUCUACCAAAGUGCCUGUUGCAACUCAAACCUCGAAACAUACAGAAGUAGAAGUGACAUCAUCUGGUCCUGGUGGAUAUACUAUUGUCAAUAAUGGCAAUCAGUCCGUUACUGUUGAAGCUGGACAAUUUGAAACCAAGGAAGAGGAAGAUAUUGGGCGUAUUGCAGGAAUUGUCAUUGGCAUUCUUUUAACACUAGUCAUCAUAAUUGUUGUUAUUGUUUUCAUCGUUUAUAGAAGAUACAGAGGAAAAACUGGAAAGAGUAUGAACUUUGACAAUCCAGUCUAUCGAAAAACAACAACAGAUGAACAGUUUAUAAUUGAGAAAAAUAAUGAAUCAUUACCUCCAAGUUUACAGCCACUUACUCAAACAGUCUGAUACUUGCACACUUGCCUUACCUGGAGAACAUCUUCAUGUUUUGUUGUGUUAAGUGUUUUCAAGCAAGAGUGAUCUACAUCUCCAACAAUGUAUACUACCUGUAACAGCUUGGUGCCCGACUUGCUUGGAUUCUCAUCCAGACAACAUGUCUUGGCCAAGUGGAUUUUACAUCAAUUCGACUACUCCACAUUUUGAUUCCGAUAUCUGUGCCAACUAAAGUGUCUACUGGUUAUGCUGUAUUGAAUUACUUUAUCUUCACUGUGGUUGUGUGAUUGUUUGGUUUAUUUUCACUUUUUAUGAAAUACCUUUGCUAGGACUUUUCAAAGAAGUGUUCAUUUGUUGUCUUUGUGGCUGCAUGGAUGGGUGCACAUAUUCCAAGGAUAAUGGUUUCAUUUCUUAAAUUAUUUUUUUGAUUGGAUGCUUUGUUGUAUGAGUGUGUGUAUGCUUAGGAAUCAUUUUCUUGGUACCUUUUGUUUAUAUAUUUAUGUGCUGAUUAUGUGAAUAUCAUUCAUCCAUCAUUUAUUUUCCAUUUUGCACACCAUUUUCAUACACUUCACCUAAAUCGGGAUUUGUUUGUUGUUCGAAGAAUGUUUAUGAAGUUUGUACAGUGCUAAACAAUUGAAACCAAGAACUGGUGGCAGCUUACCAUAACUGGUGCAGUAAUGUGAUACUUUUAUUGUACAGUGCACAUAGAAUUAUAAUUGGAUUGACUAGCAGAUAAUAGACUUGAGGAGAAUUGCCGUGGGACUCUAUAGGGAGAGGAACUGUGGUUGCCUAGAAGAGCUUUUCGGUCUCAAGAGUGCAGUAUAAGGAUAUUGCCACUAUUUUGGGAAAACAGUUUGAGCGUAAUUGUGUAAAACACACAAGUGUAAGUGAACAUGCACAGCCAGCCUGCUCUCAAGUAGUGUUAGGCUGUGGUCAGUAGUGUGAGAGUGAUUGUGCAUCCCAGCACGGCUUGAGCUGGCCAGGUGUGUGUGUCCUAGUGCUCCUUAAUCAUGGUAGAGAGCAGCUUGUUUGAGCUGUACCGAGGUAAAGCAUCACCAGCGGUUAUGUAACUAGAAUAACAGUCUGCUUCACCAUCUUAUGUUCAGCAGAAAGAAAUCUUUCAUUCAUUUUCAUGAAAACAGGUUUAUUAGACUAAUAAUUUUAUCAUUUAUUUAGACUAGUUUGUUAUGUUGGUAUUAAAACAAAAUGAAUACAAAUAGUGGAUCUAAUUAAGAUAUAUCUACAUAUCGGUCCCAUUUUAUACCAUAAAGUUUAAGCUGAUAUUUGUGUUUUAUUUUACCAAAAUGUAAACACAAAGGUUUCUGUUCUGCAAAUAUAAGUUAUGUCACUAAACACAUUGAUUAAUCCAGCACCAGUUACAUUUGUAUAUUUAGUUAGUUCUAUGGUAUUAAGCAGCCCAUUGUACUUGCUUUUCAUGUUAUGACCUUGCCCCUUGCUUAUAAAACUAAAAGUCCAGACUUUAAUGUAAUGCUAUUUGAAUGACGUUGCCAUGACGUUAAAGUCUGGACUUUAUUAGUCUAGACUUUAAGGUUUAUAAGCACGGGGACAGAUCUGAUUUCUCAUCUUAAACCAUUUCCUACACACAAAUUUCAUGGAGGACAGUGAUUAUUUUGCAUGUGACAUCUAUCAAAUUAACUUUUAUAGAUAUUUUAUUUAUUUAUUCACUUAAAUUUUGCCAUUUAUAUGUAAUUGGGGCGAAAUUUAUGUGCACUGUCAGUGAUAAAUGCAGUACAUGUAUUGUCUGUUGUAAUUAAAUAACAAAUUGUAUGGCUUCGACUGUUGGUCUAUGACCUGAUUUCAAAAAUUGCACCCUUUUCAGUUUUGUCAAUUCAGCCAGUUUUUGUUUGACACAAGUACACCCACUUUUGCUUUUCAGAAUUCACACUAGUGUCCAUUUUAUCCCAUAAAAUCUAUUGGUUUCACUUGGGCAGGUCUGUGUUAACCUUUUCAACACUGCAUUGCUACUAGUUGUCUUGGCAUCAUUUUUAUUAAUAAAAAAUAUAUUAUUGAACAAGACGAAUGUAAACUGGUAAACAGUUGAUUUUUAGUGUUAUUUCUGACAGUGAGCUAUUCUAGCAUUGGCUGGAUUGAGCACAGUUGUAAAAAAUAAGGGGAAAAAAUGUGCCCCCAAAAGAUCAUUGUUGGUAACAAUAUGACCAACAAAAAGGUUUUCUAAUUGGGUUUGUUCAAAUAAGAAAAGAAUACACGGUCACUUGAAAUUGUAUAGGGUAUAUGAACUACAGGUUUCAUGAAAAAGCAUGCAGUGAAAUUGUUAACUAAGCAAUACAUUUUAAAAUGCCCCUUUGUAAAGUAGUAAUCCACCAUAUAUAAUGGCAGAUGUGAUCUAUACUAUUAAAUGUCCUUUAGAAAGUGUCGUAUUCAUACACAUACUUUGUGGGAGAGAAAAACAUUUUAUUACCAAAAUUGAGUAUCAAUUCUUGUAGGGUGGGUGAAUAAAUUUUAUUAACAAUUUAUGAAACAGUUUUGGGGGGGGGGGGGGGUAAAUUUGUACAUGUAUUAUAUGUGGUUUAAAAGAAAAUGUCUUCUCAUAAAAACCAGUAUGUUAAACCAGAUAUUGAUAUCCUCGGAAGAAAACUCUGCUGAUUGGUUAACUUGUAAAUCUUUAAAAAUUGAAUUGCGUUGGGUUCAACAUUCAGGUUAGAAUCUGACAUCUUUUCAUACCCAUCAAGAUCCAAAUAUCACAUAUAUGUAGAUAAAAUUUACAUGGAUUAUAUCCAGUGAUUAUUCUAAAUCCCAAAUGUUUACUCCCAACAGUUGGGUAAAAUACAAGAUUCCAUGCAAUGUAUGUUUUGUAUUAUAUGUACAUGUAACUAAGUGCAGCUUUUGUAAAUAUUUUUGUACGUGUUGUAUAGUGAUGUAUUUUGUACAUAAACCUCAGUACUUGUGACCCGUGCUUUAUGAAUUAAUGCAAUUGUUAUUUGCUCAUCUAAUGAAUUUUGUGAAGUCCAUGUUUGAAAGGAGGCACCUGCAUAAUUACAUGUGUAAAUGCUUACUGCGUUAAAUUAUUUAUAUAUGGAAGACAUGACUGCUUGUGAUGUGUGCAAGUAAUAUAUAAACUUGAGCUUGCUGCUGUUUUCAUUCCAUCUCUACAAACUGAAGUUGCCUGGAUGCUGUGUUGCAGAAAAAAAGUAUAUGUGGUAUUUAACAUUUUUGUAAAAUGAGUGAACAUGUUUGUUGUAGUACUUUUUCUUGUAAAUACAUGUAACGGACAUCUUGAAACUUUUUCGUUGAACAACUGUUGUGCAUUGUCAACCUAGCAUUAUAAUAGAUCUCCCUUUUGAGUUGAUAUUUUUAGUCCAUAGUAACUUGCACAUGUUACUGUAUGCAAAAUGGCUUUAUAGUCCAGGGCCCGUUCCACGUAACUGCACAGCUAAUGUAUGCACUUACGGUGAUCUUAGGCCUAAGAUCGCUUUGUGGAACGGAGCCCUGGUCAUUGUACUGAAAGCAGGUGUUUUUAGUGAUUACGAUUCAAAUGUUUCAAUCAACUGUGGUAAAAUAUUCACUGCCGCUUAUGUUUGAGCUUUGUUAAUAUACUGAAAUGAGUUAACCUUGUUAAUGUGUCACAUGUGUUCAGUAUGAAUAGAACCUCAUUUUGUUUGUCUUGUAAACAAAAUGUUUGAGGCCACAUCGCUCCUAAAUGUAUUCUUGGAAUUCUCUUUUAGUGAGUAACAACUCUUGUCCAAAAACAAUUGGUUACAGGUCCUGUGCAGAUAUUGUAUAAGGCAUUAAAUUGCAUGGAAAUGUGUUACGAUGAAAUAAAGAAAGAUUAAGAAACCAUUUGAUUGCUAAGUUUAUACAAUAAAAUAGAAUAAAGUUAUAAAUGUGCAUGUGUAGUUGGAUUCCCAGCAAUUUGAAUAUGCUUCUGGUACAUUACAGAUGUAUGAAUGAAGCAAUUAAAUUCACAUUUUUUGUAAUGUGUUUUGAUUAUAUAAUUCAGCUUUUGGAUCUAAGUAGGCAUUAACAUAAACAUAAUGCUGAAUAAUAAAAACAUAAUGCUGAAUAAUAAAAAUAUACUACAUUAAUAAGACACCGGUUAUAUUCCUCUCUACCCUUCUUCGAACCCACCCCCACCUCAAAUCACUGAACCUGGCUCAUUUCUUUGUGAUUUAGUCUUAGCUGUUACAGAGCUAAAAAUGUGAUUACAACAAAACCAUAACGACCACACUGGUAAUUGACAAAACGAGUAAUGUAUUGCUAAAAUUUAAAUUUUUGAUAUUAAUCAGUUGAAAAUAUUUUUCCAGAGUUCUUGAUCUUUCUGCUCAUUUGACGAAAAGCUAAGCAUGCAUUAAGUGGCAUUUUAACCCUACCUCAUUAUUAAUGAAUUCAGGAACAAUCGUAUUUCUAUUUGUGUUAAAUGAUUUCUGUAAUUGGAUAUAUAUUUUAAUUUUGACAAUAAGCAUGUAAAUGGAACAGUAAUCUGAGUUUGAAGCUAUGCAAGCUGUCAAUAUCAGACUACAAAAAUUGAUUAAAUUAUUAUUAUAUAUAAUUCUUGCCAGUUUAUGUGGUAUGGUUAUAAAGUCUACAACAUACAAGCACCGACUAAUAAUUACUACUCAAAUCACCUCUUAGAUUAAUUGCAAAAACAAUAUUUCAUAUAUGGUUCUGAAUACAUGUACACAUGGUAUAGCAAUGUAACAUUGUUUGGCAAGUAGCAGUUACAUGUAUAUCUGUUUUAUUAUGUACAUGAUGCCGUUUUUGAUGUAAAUUUAAUUGGUUCUACAUGCUAACAGAAAAUUGUUUAAAUGGUUUGUCUAUCAUUGUGCAGCUGGAAUAGUUGUUAAGUGCAUCUUUGUAUACUUAGUAUUCGGCUGAAUCUCAGACCUGUUAGCAGGUAGUGCUAUUUGAUGUACAUGUAUAUAAUAUUUGUUAAUUUCUUUCUGGUUUUCUAUUUUUCUUCUUUUCUUCUUUUUUCUUUUUGUUUUUGGGAAGUUUUAGUGCACAGACAGCUGAGUUUAUACACCAGGAUUUUGUUUUGUUUAAACAUUAUUUUAUUUAUACGACUAUAGUUGAGUUUGUUGUUUACAUAGUACACUAUUGGAAUUCUGAUACUGCAACAUGCAGCUGUGUUUCAGUCAAUAUUUGAUAUGUUAUAAUUGAGUUUUUUAGUUACUAGAUUUGGUUCAGUAAUGUCAAAUUUUGUAUUCAAAACAAAUACAACCAAUGCUUGAAGAUAAUUAUUACUUUUCUGGUGUUUGUUUUGUUAAUUAAUUACACAUUUAGAAAUAUAAAGCUUAUGUUGUAUUUUGAAUAAUUCCCAUAUUUUUAAAUAACUGGAAAAUCCCACAUACUAAAUGAAAAGUGGUGUUGGUUUAGCAGUUACCGGUACUUGACAACUGCUUAUAUCAAUCUUACACUUGAGUGUCGGGUGGAGGGAUUGAAUACCAGUUUCCUCCACCAACGAUCUCUAGAAAGGCCUCAAUAUUGAACACAAAACUUUUACCUGCAUGCUGCAGUGAUGGAUUAUAUGCAGUGGCUUGUUAGGUGUGUUUUUGUUGUGUUUUGUGUUUUUGUUUUUAUAUGUUGACGUUUAAUUUUUGUCAUAUUUGUGUACAUAAUUUACGAAAGUGUUGAGCUAACUUGUAUAAAUUGUUUGCAAUGAAAUUAAGAGAGACCUGGCACAUGUUUGUAGAUUUAUAAAUGGUUGUAAAUGUUUGCUAAUAAAUAUAUGUGAGAAUUA